GGGGUCGUGCCUGCCCCACGGCGCAUGCUCGGCGCCAUAAUGAACCAGGACCUGUGUACAAAGCUCUCGCCGAUCGAGGAAGUGGUGCUUUAUUCCGACGUUUUCGACGUCAACAGCGUCGUGUGCGCCGUUACGCUAGCAUGGCACGCGUGAUCGACGCUUCUCCGUACGUCCAGACGUGAGUUGGAGCCAAAAUGAAGCGGCUGACGCUGAAAAACUUGAAGCGCUCCCUGCACCACCAAAGUAAACAAGGCGGUGGGGAGGGGGGCGAGGGUAUAGAGGAGGCGUACAACAGCGACUCGGAGACGGCGUGCCGCGAGGAGGACUCGGACGAGUCUGCGGAGGUGCCCGGGAGGAGGCUCCGGCGGGCCGGCACGCUCCCCUACCCCUCCCGGCGGCGGCGUGAGCGCGAGGGCUUCAUGAGCACUAUCCGGCACCGUCUAAAAAUCGGCAAAGGUUCGCAGGAUCAGGAGAACUGUACAGAGGAGGUAAAAGAUGAAGAGAAGGAGGAUGGAGAAGUAGUAGAGGAGGAGACUGUCACGACUCGCCGGCCUACGCGCUCCAAGUCCAUGAGAGUCCGUAAGAAGGAGUCUGCGACGACGGUCGCGCUGCGGCCCGCCAACUCGGAGGAAAACCUGAGCCAGAGGAAAGACUCGCAGUACUGGACCCGCAAACUCCACGAGAAGAACAGAAAGGACCUUCCUCCGGCCCCUCACGAUGGAGAGGGGGAUGAGAACGGAGAGAUCACCAUGGACAUCUGUCACAAGAAGGUGGAGAGAAAGGACUCGUCCGAUUCCAGAUCCUCGAAAAGUAGUAAAAGUAAGAAUUCUCCCUUUUCCGUGUCGUCUAUAAACUGUACGCAGGAGAAGCCUAUUUCGAGCGAAAAGUCGCGGCUCAAGGCCCUGCGGUCAUUCUUGACUCUGCCGAGACGCGGCUCGAAGAAGAAAGGGUCGAAGGAAAAGGAGGAGCCGGAUAGUCCGGAUACGAUUUCAUCCAAUGGGGUGUCCCCGCGCGCCCUGCCCCCUUGUCCGUCGCUGACGGAGUCUCAUGACAUUUUCAACAGUGCCAGUUCCACGGUCCCCAGACCGCGUAACGGGAACAACGGAUCGUCUUACGAGCCAUACGACGACGAGGACAAUGAGCGCAAGAUUGCGUCGUACGAGCAGGUCGGCGGGCGCGCCCACGUCAACCACAGCCUCACGGAGGAGCUUCGGAAGCUGGUCAGACACGGUUGGUACUGGGGUCCGAUAUCGCGGGCAGAAGCGGAAGAGAAGCUGGCGCAUCUCUCGAACGGUUCGUUCCUGGUGCGGGACAGCUCGGACGACAGGUACCUACUCAGCCUCAGUUUCAGGUCGUACGACCGGACAUUCCACACGCGCAUCGAGCACUGUAACGGGAUCUUCAGCUUCUACUCGCAAGUCGAGUCCGAGGGGCACAAAUCCAUCGUAGACUUGAUAGAGCACUCCAUGCGCGAAUCUCAGUCCGCCGUGUUCUGCUACUCCCGCUCCCGGACGCCCGGCGCCCCGUCAUUCCCUGUAAGACUGACCAAUCCGGUGUCGCGUUUCACGCAGGUGCGGACCCUACAAUACCUGUGCCGCUUUGUGAUUCGCCAGUACACCCGCAUUGACCACAUCCAGUUGUUGCCCCUCCCGACCAAGAUUCGGGAGUAUCUGCAAGAGUGCCAUUACUAAGAGUAAGACACAACGGUGGGAUGCCCCAUCUUAAGUAAGAGUCUUGUCUAACCCUGUGGAAAAGGACAACCCUGUAAAAAAAUAACACUCAAAAUUAUGAUAUCGUUAUUAAUAAUACAGCAAUCAUGAGCAUUUUGAAAUCUGACAUUGUUCAAAUCACUCCUGGCAAUAUUUGUUUUAGAGUUCCCAUUUGCAAAUUUUUUUCUAGUUGCAUUUUUUGCUAAGAAUCUGACAAGCCUAGUAGUUGACUGUGUCACAUUUUCUUUAGUUGACCAACCCGAGCCUAAGCUAUUGUGUACUGUGUGAAAAAAACAGUGAAAUUCUAACAAGAAGUAGUGUUAGAGAAAUGUUUCUCUGAUAGAGUAGACAGUGAGUAACCGAUGAGUCAUAUAGGACCCCCCCCCCACACACAAGUGUUGUGUUGUUAUGACUCGCACUAAAAUGCCAAAAAUGUCGUUGUAAACCAUAAAUGCAAUACAGUUAGAAAGAGCUUCAUUUUGAACGUAUAGCUUUACAUCUGCCAAUGCUACAGUUGAGUUGUUCUGUUUGGUAACUGAAAAAAAGAUAACGAUUGAAAAUAUUGAAGCAAAAAUAAGAUGUGUUGUUAGUGAAUCUGCCUCGUAACAUGCCUAAAUGCAUAAAGUGUACUACAGAUUGAUACAAUUAUGAAUGAGUACAAAGAAACAAUUGCUAUUAUAGCAAUAAUGACGUUUCAUAUUUGGCCAUAGCUUGGUGUGGAUCUGAUACACGUGCCUACAUUUGUAUGUGACGAUGUCAUGUUAAUGUUAUGCUGGUCGCUUCAAAUCUGAAAAGUCAAUUUCCAGAUUUCAAAACCAUCUGUUGGAAGUCCUAAUGUCACAUCCCAAUGUUGUACCGAACAGUAGAAUUUGAAAUUUUUGCUAUGUUUUCUGUUUUGGCAAAAAAUGUUCUAUUACUAUAUUAGGCCACACCAAUUUAAUUUGUUGGUUCUCGGAUUUCCCGACCCAUUUUUUUCCGAUUUGCAAAAAAAAAGAAGAAAAAAAAUUAGUCCCAAGAAAAAUAUAGGUUUUGCUAUUGCAGACAUUUAAAAAACCCAUUCCAGGGGCACAUACUGCUGAUAAACCAAUCUGAGCGCUUAUUUGCAGCCACAUGAUCAGAACAGUGGUAUAAAAUCAAAGGAAGAGAUUCAUUGGAUAAAUCAUGCCAUGAAAAACUGAAAAUUUGACUACUUUACCUUGUUUUUUUUGUGUUAUAUAAGUUAACCACAGACUUUUUGCAAUUUUUUUUUUUUCGACCGACCGCCCCAAUAUUUUUUUGAAAAAAUCCGAGAACCAAGAAAUUAAAUUGGUGUGGCCUUAGCUCUAACAGAACAUGAUUUGUCUACUUCAGCCAUAACAUAAAUAGUUAGGUCAAGGAAAAAAUGUGGAGUUUUCUGGUACAGUUCUGAAAAAGAUUUUUGUUGGUUGCCAGGGAUUCAUUUUUUUCUUAGAGAUUGAAAAAAUACAGUUUAACAAUCUAAAACUGAAAUCAUCAGGACAUUUUCAACAUCAUAUUAUAAUCAUACAUUGCACAAGCCAUUUGUUUCAAGCACAAAAAGGCCUAGGGAAAAAAAUGUUGUGUUUCUUGUUUCCCGACUGACACUAGAAAAACCUGCCGACCCAAAUCUUAUGGGGGCACGGGCAGUGGAAUCACAUAGUUUCCAGUUUUGUUGUAUCUUAUGAAGGAUAAAUGUACCCUCACGCAGACAUUGAAAACAUAAAGUGUCCUCAUGCAUUUCAGUUUUGCUUUGUUAAACUGUAUUAUAUCACUAGAGUUUAGACUAAAGUCUAAAAAAAGUUAAAUUUAAAAAAAGACAACUCUACCUACUGACCUUUUUUCAGGACUGAAACAGGAAACACAACAUUUUUUUCCUAGGCGUAAUUACAACAAAAAUAAACAGAAAACAAUUCUACAAGAUCACCAAUAUGGAUGAGAUAGGAAAUUCUAUGUUGGCAGGUUUUUGCUAGUUUUGGUCUGAUAACCCAAAACACUACAUUUUAGGCCUUAUGGAGAUAUUUACUUUUAAGAAACGAGUGUUUGGAUGUAUAAAUUCUUAGCAAAUUUAACCCCUGUGGUGCCUAACCCUCUAACCACUAAGAUUCAGGUGCCAAAGGGCCUCAGUAGUGGUAGGGUUAAAGUGGCCAGUAUCAUUGCUCAAUGAUGUAUUUGUGGUCUGUGUACAUUUGCUGUAUUUCAAUACAAAUCCAAUUGUCUGGCCUCAAACUUUUGUCAGAAGAAUGACGUGGGUUUUUUUUUAAUCUUCAGAGAAAAAACAAAAGUUUGGACUCUUUAAAACAUUGUGGCUUUGAACACUCUGUUUGUUUUCUGUAAUAUGUGAUUCAUGAUGAGUCUGAAUUCUUUUAGCUUGUCAGAUUGGAAGUUGUUUAUUUCGUAUUCUGCAAUGCCAACAUUUUUCAAGGUUGAUAUUUUUAAUGUGCUAUCAUACAUAUAUGUUGGACACAAGUCAGUAUAGAUGCCACAGAACAAAAGAGUCUAUUGAUAAUGUAAAAUGGUUGCAAUUGUAGGGAGGAAUGACCGCUGCCAUAGUGCACAUCAUAUUGUUCAACAAAAGAAUUCUUCAAGCAUGAAGUAGCGGUCUUUCCUCCUGUUUGAAUGUGUUAUACUGCCAUAUUUUUUUCUCUUGUCAGCAUAUGUUCAAUGGAGUCUUUAUGUGAACAUGGUUGUUACAUGUACUUUACACGCAAAAGCACUGUGCUUGGUAUAGACUUGAUUCAGUUGUUUUUAUGUAAGAUGCUCUAAUUUUUGUGGUCAUCGUUGGCAAGAUUUCAUAAAAUAGAAUAUGUUCACUGGAAAAAAUGGAUACAAUACAAUAAUUUCUGUAAAUUCAUUGUUAUACUGAGUUGCAAUGAUUACCGUAAAUUUGUUUACUUUCGUGGUGGUUUUAUUUUGUAGCAAGAGGAAAAAAGGAGUUUUUCUUUGUGUUCUGAAUUUGCGGUCAAAACAAUUCUGUAUCACGGUAAUCAUACGUGGUGUCACAAAUUCUUGAAUGGACGCUGCAAAAAUAGAACCACUGUGAAAAUUUCAAGACUUACGGUAUCGUUUUGUGGCCGUUUCCAGACCGAACUCAGACUUUGUGCGUUACACUAACUUCUUUUUACCAAGUUGCAAUAACUGCUCAACUAUUUCAAUCCAUGACUUUGUGAUCUAACAUUGAAUAGUGGGAGGUUAUAAGAAUUCCAUAAUGUGUUUAGUAUACAUCGAUGUAUACAGAGAAUUUCUUGGUAAAAUUUCUUACCACUGGCCAUGUUGAAUCCAUUAUAUUGAUCACAUCCUCUGAGAAGCCCAAAAUUGAUGUGAGUGUGUGAAGAAAAAAAUUGUUUUGCCAAAAAAAAGUUCAUGUUGAAAUCGAAGUGGUCAGGAAGGUUGAACACACAAAGUAUGCUAUAAAGAACAAUUAUAGGUUCUUUGUUUUUGUUCUUUCAGGUCUUCUUUGACUUUUGAAUUAACUUUGGGACUGUGCGACAUUAGUACGCGUUUUCCGAUUUUUUGGGGGGGGGGGACAAUUUGUGGCAUACACUUGCUUCUUUUCAAUUCUGAACUUUUUCUUGUUGAAAAUUGAUGUGUGUAAGGAUAUCAUUCAUAUAAUGGAAACAACAUGUCCUAGCAAUAAUAAAAUGGUACAACGUAUAGCACUGUUGAAUUACAUCGCAUAUGGCUCAAUCACAACAAUGUA